UGGGAAGUAUCAAAUUAAAACAUUAUUACGCGAUCCUAUGAAUAUAAUUAAAUUUAAAUAUAUGAUUUCUUAUUUAGAGUAUGGGAAGAUAUGUACAACCACCAAGAGUCAAAUCAUUUGCUCCUGAAAAAUGCUACAGACCUCCAUCGAAACCACUCGAUACUUAUACAACAUAUCAUCUUUCGUAUAUUAAUAUGGAUCCAAGAACAGCACGAUCUAUUCGAGCUCAACCUUAUCGUCCAAUUCAAACGCUUCUUAAAUCGGAUGAAAAAUUUGCAAACGAGACAACAAGUAAAAUGAGUUAUCAACCUAUUUGGCGUAUGGCUACGAGAAAACCAAUUAAGCCUAAGUUUAGACCUUUGCUGGGUCGUAGUGGAACAUUCGAAAGUGCCACUACAACUAAAUGCGAUUACAUUCCAAAAUAUGCAGAAAAGUUAGAUAUGAUAAUACCUUGUGAAAAUAUAAGAAUAAGCUCAAGUCCUUUAGAUGCUAAUACGACAGCGGGUCUUUCUUAUGUAAAUCCUGGCAUAAUACAACCUGCUACUAGCUUUAAACCCAUAACAAGAUACCAACGACCUAGUCAUUCAGUUUCAAAGGAUACUACUCAAAAAUUAAGUUAUCAACCUUUUGCUGUUGGCAAAAAAGAAAAGUUUCCAUGGGCACAGAAAUCUACAUAUAAGUCCCCAAAAGUUGCAAUGUGUGGGAAGACUAUUUAUUCUGAUAGUUAUUUGGAAAGUGAAGUAUAUGAGAAGAUGAAACCAUAUAUUCCUUGCAUAGCAAACAUAUUACCUAGUAAAGCAGAAUUUUUAGAUAAGACUAUUUAUAAAGAAAGUUAUUUGCCCUGUGAUAUAGAAAAAACAAAGAAAAUCGUUCCUCCAGCUAAUAUUUUCAUAUCAAGUGAAAAAAUAUCUACCGACACAACAAGCAAGUUGAGCUAUCAACCAGUGUGGUGUAAGAAACGUUCUCCAAUCUUACCACAUAGUAGAAAAAUGAUAGAAGGUUCAAUGCAAAGUGAAACUACAAAUCGUGUUGACUUUUCACCCAAAAUGAGUAUACCUCCAAAAAUGAUUAUUCCAUGCAGUAGUAUUCGUAUACCUAAUGAUCCUAUUGUCGACAAAACAACAACUGGAUUAUCGUUUAUACAUCCUGGCCAAUUAGAACGUGUUAAAAGUUUUAAGCCUGUUACUGAUUAUUGCAGACCUAUUACUAAGGUAGAUUCUGAGACGAUAAAUAAAUUAUCAUACCAAGCUUGGAUGCCAAUUCCUAAAAUGGAUAUACCAUGGGCACGUCGAACUACAUAUCAAGUUCCUAAAGAUCCAAUGAUUACAGAUACAAUCUAUCAGAUGAGUUAUCCUUUACCAGGAUAUUAUAUUGAAAAUGAAUGUCCAUGUGCGGAGUAAAAAUGUUGAUAUAUCAAUAGUUCUGA